AGGCAUGACUAGCUCCGUCUUCUCGCAGUGACAAUGGCCUUCCUCCAAAAAGUUUGAUGUCUCAACCGCCACACACGCUGGGGAAAGCAAGUCUGAGCCUAAGAAACCGUAUCGCUUGGUACAGGGAAUUUGUUGGCUAAUGACUUUGAGUUGAAUACUGCUUGAUUGCACACUUGAGUUGUAUACUCUCUCUUCACGUCAAUGCUCAUGUGCUCCGACCCUCCCUGACCCCUCCUAGCAAGCAGCAGAGUCUCUCGGGUUCGAGCUCCAUCGGGCCGCCGCCGGCGGCGUCCAUGUUCGUUGGGCGGAGCACAAGGUGUGAAAUCCACCAUGAUGCUACUGAUGAGGCUCUCCUCCUUUGUCCAUCGGUUAUCAGACAACCGUGUAUGAGACGUCCACCGUCGUACACGCAUUUGAUCGUGCUGAUGCGCCUGGCUGUGGGUUGGCUUCUGUUGGGAUGCUCCGAGGAUGUUCUGCAGAUUUUUAGAACACUGAGGGCAUAUCUUGGCUUGGAAUGCUGCUGGGUCGAUGAAGGUCAUGCAACAUGGCAGGUUUUGCUUACUCGUGGCUGUAUGUUGGCUUCGUGCUGGCGGGCUAUAGUUCUCCUGUCACAAAUCAUGGAGACAUUCAUCCUCACAGAUUUCUGCUCCUGCUAUGUGAAAAGUUUCUCCUCUUUUAUGGACCAAGAAGAUGAAUUAUUUUGGCAACUUCAACUGCAUUUGUACUGACAACAAAAAUAUUGUUACUUGGAUGGUCUUACAUUUAGAGGUACACUAUUAUCUCUGCACUUUAUUGUUACUACCUGAAAGCUCCAUAACAUCCAUGCGUAGAUGCACUUCCAGUCGAUUUAUGGUUGGCAUUGAAGUUAACCUUUAAAUUGAACUUGCAUGUCAGUACGUCAUCUUAAUUUUUGAGUAUAAAUUCUCACUGCGCCGUUUGAACUCCACGUCAAGAAUGGAACGGUCAGUAUGUAAAGCCCCGCUUGAUGAGAAACUAUCAAAUAAUUGUUAAUCUUAAAUUGUAGACAAGAUACCGAGCCAAUCAUUCUAUAGCUUUGAUAAUUUAGCUCCUUUAGAUUGAUAUAUUCCAGAACAUCUUCUGCAACAUAGUAUUUUUGGAUGAAAUCCCUUUAUCAUAGUUAUUUAAGAGUACUGUCCACUUGUCGAGUGUGUGAGCACCCAAGGAAUGUUUAGUGCUUUGUCCAUUGUUCACUUGACUGCAUGAUCUAUUACUCCCACUGAUCCAUAUUAGUUGUCGCUAAAACGGAUGUAUCUAGACGUAUAUCAAUGCUAGAUACAUCUGUUUGAGACAAGUAGUAUGGAUCAGAGGGAGUAUCAAUUUUAUACAAUGCUCUAAGACCAAUCGGCUGAAUAAGUUCCAUUUCAUCAUUUUUCUGUUUAUGUACCUGUUUAUUCAUGUUGAUGAUCUGCACAGAGAAAAAUGCAUGACAACCUCCAUCUUGAUUGCGUGAUCUCGUUCAUUCUUAUUUUUCAGACUAUAGGUAGAUAUUUGAGCCAAUUUGGUACACUAAUAAGAAAGUUAAAACCUGAGAAGUGAUAAGACUAUCGUUUGUGUCUUCAUGAACUUUACUUUUAGGUUUUCAUGACUUUUGUUCCUGUCCAAAUAUUACACGGUCGCAUAAUUCUUCCCUAAC